AUGCAGUCACUAAAUUACUCCAGCGACUCACAAGAUCGCACUCUGGCAGACGCUUUCCCAUCUUUUCGCUGGGUCUUUCCUCAAGCAAAAUUAGGAAAGGCGAUGGCGCUCGGCGAUAAGGUCUCGCAAUGGUUUGACAUCUGGAACGUAAACAACUUUGCCGAUCACGAAGAGCAUCAAGCUGAGGGGCUCCGAGACAGCGUCGCCGCCAUCCGAGAGAUCCUCACCACAGAGGCGGAGCUCCUAGAAGGCAAGUGGAACCGCAUCAUUCUGGCUGGAAUAAGUCAAGGCGCAGCAGCCGGCGUCCAUACUCUACUCAAUUUACGACUCCCACCGGGGCAAUCCAGACUCGGAGCCUUUGUCGGCUUUUCCUGCCGCAUGCCGUUCCCUGGGAGAAAUCUCAACGAUACCCGGGCACUUCUCGGGCUUGGGGAUGUCCCAGAAGGAUGUGCUCUUCUGGAACAUACUCCCAUCUUACUAGAGCAUUGUGUUGAUGACCCCCUGGUGCUGGUUGCCAAUGGCCGUAUCUUGAGGGACACCCUGGGUAGGUUUGGUGCACAAGUUGAGUGGAAAGAGUAUCAAGAAGGAGGGCAUUGGUUUAAUUCACCUUCAGGAAUGGAUGAUGUUGUUCAAUUCUUGAACUCCCAUCUCUCUGAAUGA